CUACAGUUCCUCCCCUAUCCUCUCUGCAGGCCUCGCGACCAGGGGAAGCUUAUCUCCCUGCUAAGAGCAUGGCUUCCCCGCACGUGCUUCGUGAAGCCCUCCGGUGCACGAGUGGGAAGGAGGCCGCAGGAGCGCAGCCCCGAGGCUCUUCAGUUGCAGAGCCCACUGAGCCCGGCUCCAGUUCGUCCCUCUGGAGCGCAGCCUCCCCAGAGGAUGACACACUGCCGCGGGCGCUGAACCGAUGGAAAGAAGGGCGCGCAGGCUGCGGCGGGCGCAGCGCGCCCCGCUUCCUCCUCCCGGGGCCUCGAGUCCCUGCAAAGGGCAGCGACGGCCAGGCACUCUUCCCGGCUGGGACGCCCGGCCCGGAGGCGGAGGGGGUGCACGUGACCCCGCGGGCGGCGUCGCCCCGCCCCGCCGUGACGCGCGAGGCCUCUCCCACCCUGACCGCGAGGGUGCCGUUGCGCCGCCUCCGCCGUUCCCCGGCCCUCGCCUCUCGGGCUGCCCCGUCCAUUGCCUGACCCGUGGCCCGCCGGCUCUUCCGCGCCCCUUGCCCGUCGGACGGUCCGAGACAGCUCAGCCCGGGGGAAUCACCGUGCCCUCGGACCCGCGUGGCCACUCCGGAGCAGCCGCGGUGGCUGCAGCGCAACCUCCAGAUAGCGGAGCGGCCUCGGCGUAGCGGAGCGGCGGCGGCAACGCCCCUCGGGACACCCGCAG